UCAGACAGGACGGCAGCCAGAACAGAGGAACUGGCAAGCAUACAGAAGGCUGCCACUCACCAGUGCAAAAAAGAGAAAGCAACUGCAACUGAACCUCACCCAGCAAAUGCCAUGGCAGGCUGGGUUUUCCCCCAAAACGCUUGCUGGGAAAUGUUUUUUCCUCAUGGGUACAGUCUUGCAAAAUCCUCAAUCUUCCCCACUCCCCCUCCUUUUCCUGCCUCUCGUCUCAGCUCAUAAAUGUCCAAGAGUGACCAACAAAUUCCUCACUCCAUUCCAAGCCUCAGGAAGAUUCUGCAGGUCCUUCAUCCAGAUGCUACUGCAGCUGUAGCUGGGCUCAAGAACGGAGGGGGGAAGCACAGAAGAAGACUGGGUGUGUCAGGGGUUGCCAACUGGGAAAGGGCCCAGCUGCCACAAAGGAGGGAAGAAAAGAAGAAGGCAUCAGGAGCCAAUCAGCCCCACAGCUUUCAUGGGCCCUGCACAUAGCUCACGCUGGACAGGAGCUACCUCCUCCGGGCCUGAUGAGGUAACCUCAUCUUUGUCCAAAAUGGAGAAGUACUCCUCCUCUCCGAUCCCACUUGUUGAAGAUGCACCUAAUAAGAAGCAGACUGUGUGUAUUUUUGGAACAGGAGAUUUUGGAAGAUCUCUAGGACAGAAGAUGAUGCAGUGUGGCUAUUCUAUAGUAUUCGGAAGCCGAAACCCUCAGGAUUCCAGUCUGAUUCCUCCAGGAGCCACAGUGUUACCCCACGCAGAAGCUGCAGAGAUGUCUGACAUCAUCAUCCUCGCAAUCCACAGGACAUGUUACAACUUUCUCGAAACCCUAAAGGAAAUGCUCAGUGGGAAAGUGCUGGUGGACGUUAGCAACAACCUCAAAAUAAAUCAGUAUCCUCAAACCAAUGCUGAAUAUCUUGCCCAGCUGAUACCAGAGAGUAAAGUGGUAAAAGCAUUUAACUCAGUGUCCGCAUGGGCUCUACAGUCGGGUGCACUGGAUGCAAGCAGACAGGUGUUUGUCUGUGGUAAUGACAGCAAAUCAAAAGAAAAAGUGAUGGAUAUUGUUCGAAGCCUUGGCCUUACGCCACUGGAUAAAGGAUCUCUCUUAGCAACAAAAGAAAUUGAGGAUUACCCUCUGCAGCUGUUCCCUAUGUGGAAAUACCCCAUCUAUCUGUCUCUGGCCAUCAGUGCAUUUUUCUUCUUCUACAGUGUGAUCCGUGAUAUAGUCUACAAUUAUGUUGUGAAAAACAAAGACUUUUCCUUUUUCAUAGCUAUUAGUAUUCCAAACCGUGUCUGCCCCAUUGUGGCACUCAUCCUACUUGCUUUGGUUUACUUGCCCGGGAUUUUUGCUGCUAUCCUUCAAUUAUACAGAGGGACAAAAUACAGGCGCUUCCCAGACUGGCUGGACAAGUGGAUGCUCUGUAGAAAACAGCUCGGACUGGUUGCCUUGGCUUUUGCUUUCCUACAUGUUUUGUAUACACUGGUCAUUCCUAUACGCUAUUAUGUAAGAUGGAGGCUUAACUCUUAUGUUCUUCAACAGGCAUUUAACAACAAAACAGAUCCAUUUAAUACUGUUCAGGGCUGGAUUAGUGACUCUUAUGUUGCUUUGGGUAUCUUGGGUUUCUUCCUGUUCGUCCUGCUUGGAAUUACAUCCUUGCCCUCCGUCAGCAACAGUGUCAACUGGAGAGAGUUUCGGUUUGUUCAGUCUUAUCUGGGCUAUCUUACACUUGUUUUGUGCACUGCCCAUACGCUCGUCUAUGGUGGAAAGAGAUUUUUGCACGUUCGUUCGUAUCCAUGGGGACUUCCUGCUGCUUACAUCCUCUCUCUCAUUAUCCCUUGCAUUGUGUUGGUCAUAAAGUUUGUUCUGAUACUUCCGUGUAUAGACAGACCACUCACCGCAAUUCGACAGGGAUGGGAGAGGAAACCCAAACACGUCUGCGAGCCAUACAACAACCUAAGCAGGUCUUCUGUGUAAACUUUUAGUCAAUGUACUGUGACUUGUAUAUAAUUGCAAAUAGCUAAAAAUGACCAACUGAGGCGCAUUUAAAAAUGACUCAGAACUAUGUACUAUAUAAUUACUCUGUAAAGACCACCAUUCUCGGCAUCAAUUAAAUUGUUAUCAUCUAAUUCCCAUUCUGCCUCAGAGGAUGUAUAUUCCUUCCUAUUUCUGGGGUUGGAGAAAACAAUUAUAAACUAUUUCUGACCUGCUCUGGGUAACAUAGAAACCUAUCUUGCACAAUUUUUUUUUAGUUUUUUAAAAUUUUUUCAAAAGGUAUUUAUUUUCAUUAUAUUUGUUAUUAAUCCAAUUCCUUUUGGUUAUUUUUGUUAUUAUCUCUUCCCCCUCUUCCCCACACCUACUGUUUUGGCUGGGGCUGUUUGCUCAAUAUAGGUAGGGAAAUGUUAUCUCUUUUCUCUGGCACCACUUUCUGAUAUAUCCAGGGCACUGUACCUUGCUGCAAGCUGAGCAAUGUAGUUCCACAGUGCCUUAAGGUUGCCAGGACUCCCGCUUUGUGGCACCAGCGGGAGGAAAUGGGGCACCAGUGGCAUGCUGGAACACUUACAUUGCUUCUGGUAAAAACCUGACAUGACAUGGCAGCCACUGUAUGGUUUUACUAUAGAGUUUUUGCAGAAUGCUAGAAUAUCUGCCAUGUCACUUCCUGUUUUUUUCUGGAAUUGAUGUAAGAAUGGUGUGGUGAUGUCCUGCAUUUCCUCUUAGGGGUUGCUGUCUGCAGCCUGGCAACCACAUGCCUGCCAUUAUCGGUCAGGCCUCCUGGGACUACUUUUCCCAGAAUACACCAAUACACAGCAUCUCCGAUAUGCCAAAAGGAGUUUUAAGGGUCAGGGGAGGGAGAUACUCUCCCCACAAUAGUCCUCUCCUCCUGGGCUGCAACAGUGGUAAACACAAUAGCCCCAGUCAAAUUGGUGGGGGUAGAUAAACAUUUCCCUGAUAUUUGAAUGAUCUCCUCAUUCUUUCUGACCAACAUGAACUCUAAACCAAACCACUAGGUGCCAGAGCAAUAAAGUGAUCUUAAUAUUAUCAAACACUAUUAAUUUUAAAUGAAUUUUAGUAUAAGGUCAUAUUGUUUUUUUCAAUUAAUUAUAUGUUACUAUGGAAGUCCCUGUCCCUGUCUUGAAAUUGAACAUCAGAUUUUCAAAUUAAGUAUGUCAACUCUGAAUGAGUAUGAACCAACAGGCCAUAGCAACAAUUAUUUUGAAUUAUUACUUCCCUCCCUGUUCUGUUCCUUUUCAGAUGUAUAUUUUUGUAUUAAUAUUAAAAGCACUUCAAACAUUACAUUACAGGCAAUGGCAUCCAAAAAUAUGUAAAUAUGAAAUAUCUACACAUGCAUAAAAGCCCUUUUUUAUGAAGAAAUUUUGUCACAUUUGAAGCUGGCUAUAGCUUUGUGGUGUUUGGGGGGGGGGCUAGUAAAUAGGGGUCUAGUAAAUGGACAGCCAGUGGAAUAUGAUUUUCAUGACAAAUGCAAUCCACAGCUGCAGAUGAAAGUAGAACUUCUAACUUCCCAUUUCCAAUAAAUCCAUAAGAGAAUUCUCUGUGCGUAUUUGUUACAAUAACUCUGGAACUAGAGAAAAGCCAAAACAAAAAGGAAGGCUUUUGGCACCUUAAAAGUCCACUUUAAUUGUCUUAGAGAUGAGCAACUCUGCUUAGGAUUGCAACAUGAUCAAUUUAUUACAGCAUAAUCCUUGGUUUAGGCUAGAGAGCACUUCAGUGGAGAAAAGCCAGUUAAUGAGGUUAUGAUAAAGUCAUCUGGCAUAGCAUAGCCGUAGUGUCAGACCUAGAACAUGGGACAACUAGGUUUGAAUCUCCACUCUACCAUGGAAAAUUGCCAGGUGACCCUAGGCCCAUCACAAUCUCUCAACCUAACCUGCUUCACAAGAUUGUUGUUGUGAGAACGGAAGAGGGGAGAUAAAUAUAAUAAGCUGUGAUGGGGCUUGAUUAGGGACAAAAGUAGGAUAUACGUUUUUUAAACACUCAUCCUCACAAGCUAAAUCAAUAAUAGGCUAAUAGUUCCACUCACUGGUGUUACACACUAUGGCUUACUAUUGCAUGUAGUAUUGGAUUCUUUCCCCAUAUGGAACAAUAUAUUUACUGCUGGAAAUCACUAUGUACAAACACUGUUCAUCCAAAAUUUAUACCAUGUAUAUUUUUAACAUUAUAAAGAAAAUCUGUUUUAGGAA